AUGUCCCAACACCCCACAGUGCAAGGCUGCCUCAUCAGUUUUCCCACCCCGCAAAUCCUCCUCCUAACGCUCAACCGCCCCGAAAAGCGCAACUCCAUCACCCUCGCCACCAGCAAAGAGAUCCAACAACUCUGGUCCUGGUUCGAUGCCCACCCGACCCUGCGCGUGGCCAUCAUCACCGGCGCCGGGGGUUCCUUCUGCGCCGGAGCCGACCUCAAGGAAUGGAAUGACCUCAACGCCCGCGGCAUCGAAAACAAAAUGACCGCCCCAGGCCUGGCCGGCCUGCCCCGCCGGCGCGGCGUGAAGCCCAUCAUUGCCGCCGUCAACGGCUUCUGCCUCGGGGGCGGGUUCGAGAUGAUCACCAACUGCGACAUCGUGGUAGCCAGCCGCAACGCGACCUUCGGGCUGCCCGAGGUGCAGCGCGGGAUCGCGGCGGUCGCGGGCUCGCUGCCGCGGCUGGUGCGCGUCGUCGGCCGCCAGCGCGCCGCCCAGAUCGCGCUCACGGGACGGCCGUUCUCGGCCGCCCAGAUGGAGCGCUGGGGGCUGGUCAAUGAGGUCGUCGACACGCCGGAGGGGUUGGUGGACCGGGCGGUGGAGCUCGCGACCGUCAUCGCGAGCAACAGUCCCGAUAGUAUUCGGGUCACCUUGGAGGGGCUACGGCUGGGGUGGGAGGAGGCGGAUGUGGAGGUGGGCAGUGAGCGGUUGGUGGAGGAGUGGUAUGGGAAGUUGAUGGCCGGGGAGAAUUUCCAUGAAGGCGUCAAGGCGUUUGCGGAGAAGCGGGCGCCGGUGUGGAGGGCUGCGAAGCUGUGA